CUCCCAGGCAAGUCCUCCCCCCACCCUCGGGGCGGGGAGUCCAGGGCAGCCAGGAGGCUGGGGGAGGAGGUGGACUUUUGGCCUGUUUCGUUUAUUCCCUCCAUCAACAUUGUGCUUGCCUCAUUCCUCCGACCUGCCAGGAAGCAGAGAGACCCAGAGGGAGGGAGGUGGAAACCAGCAGACAGACCUGAGCCUGAGGAAGAGGCAGGCAGAGGCCGCAGCUGGACUUCCACCCUGUCCCUCCCUCCCUCCCCAGCCUGCCUCAGCACCCCUCCUUAGCCAAAGCCCCUUCAAGUUCUCUGGGGGUUCUGCUCCUCCCCGUCUCUGGGGCCCCAGCCCCUCAGGGGCCUGCAUUCCACCAUGUCAGUGGCUGUGGAGACCUUUGGCUUCUUCAUGGCAGCCGUGGGGCUGCUGAUGCUUGGGGUGACCCUGUCAAACGGCUACUGGCGAGUGUCCACCGUGAACGGGAACGUCAUCACCACCAACACCAUCUUCGAGAACCUCUGGUUUAGCUGUGCUACUGACUCCAUGGGAGUCUACAACUGCUGGGAGUUCCCAUCCAUGCUGGCCCUCUCUGGGUAUAUUCAGGCCUGCCGGGCACUCAUGAUCACCGCCAUCCUCCUGGGCUCCCUGGGCCUCUUUCUAAGCAUGCUGGGGCUGCGCUGCACGAAUAUUGGGGGCUUGAUGCUCUCCAGGAAAGCCAAGCUGGCGGCCACCGCAGGGGCUCAACACAUACUGGCAGGUCUCUGCGGGAUGGUGGCCAUCUCCUGGUACGCCUUCAACAUCACCCGGGACUUCUUCGACCCCUUGUAUCCCGGAACCAAGUACGAGCUGGGUCCCGCCCUCUACCUGGGCUGGAGCGCCUCCCUGCUGUCCAUCCUGGGCGGCAUCUGCCUCUGCUCCAACUGCUGCUGCCGCCCUGACGAGGACCCCGCCGCCGGCGCCCGGCUCCCCUACAAGGCUUCCGCAUCCGUGAUGCCCCUGGCCCCCUCGAAUGAAGGCGACAACAGCUUUGGCAAAUACGGCAAAAACGCCUAUGUAUAGGGACUCUGGCUUGUGGACCCCAUCCGCCUUCCCACUGCCCGGAG